CUCUUCCUACCUGCUUCCUCAAGGUGUAGCUGUCAUUCUUACCAGGAAACCAGUUACCUUUCCCUCCAGGCAUCGAGUCAACUCUAUGGACCGUCUGAAGAAACUUUGCAGCCCAUCCUUCCUGCUUCCUCAAGGUGUGUCUGUCAUUCAUACCAGGAAACCAGUUACCUUUCCCUCCAGAUCAACAUGAAGAUCUCUAUCUUUGCUGGUGUUCUGCUGAUCUCUGCUGCCGUGCUCUCUGUGGACGGACAAAGUUGGGCUCAGUUUCAAAAUAAGCAUAUCAACCCUGGGAUGACUGCUGGCCAAUGUACCCAGGUGAUAGCAGCCAGAAAAAUCGUGAACCCACCCACACUCAAUAACCCAAAAAUCAGCUGUAAGGGUAUCAAUACCUUCAUCAGCACACAGGAUGUGAAUGCGGUCCCAGACAUCUGUGCUAAGGGAGGAGGAGACCCAUAUGGCACCAAGGGUAUGACAAUCAGCAAAGCUAGUUUCCCAAUUGUUGACUGUAACCUGGUGAAGCAGAAUCCACCUGCUGUUCCCUACAACUGUCGGUAUGGUAACGGUGUUCCUUCUACCAAGAAAAUUAUAGUCAGAUGUGAAAACGGUAAACCUGUUCAUUUUCAUGGAAGUAAGUAAUCUGUUACUACCUGAUGAAUCAGAGUAAUCUGUUACUACCUGAUGAAUCAGAGUAAUCUGUUACUACCUGAUGAACCAGAG